CCCCAUCCAAACGAUCUGUCUGCUGGAAGCCUGGUGCUAUAGAGUCGGGUCAACAAGGAAGGAGGCCUCAUCCCUGUGGAAGCAGGAACUAGAGUUCACCCUGGAUGACAACUGUUAGUGAAAAUAUGGAGGCCCAAGAUGAGAAAGCUCAGACAUCUAGACCUUUGGAUCCCAAAUGCCUUACUUCUACUACCUCAGCUCCCCAGCUGUUAAAGUCUGAGUUGCCAACUGAGGAAUUGAUGGGGAAGGGACAGAAGUUUGACACUCUGCCAUCAUACAUUUGGUCUGAUGAAGAUAAUGAUGAGACCACAAGCAAUGAUGAGCCGAAGGAUGAAGCUCCCCCUGACCGACCAUCCUGGGCCAAUAAAAUUGAGUACCUCCUGGCCCAGGUGGGCUUCUCUGUGGGGCUGAGCACCAUCUGGCGCUUUCCUUAUCUGUGUUUUCACAACGGAGGUGGCACUUUUCUUAUCGUCUACAUCUUCAUGCUGUUCUUGGUCGGGGUUCCUCUUCUAUUCCUGGAGAUGGCAGCUGGUCAGAGGAUGCGUCAGGGCAGCAUUGGCGUAUGGAAGGUCAUCAGCCCCUGGAUUGGUGGUGUGGGGUAUACCAGCUUCAUGAAUUCUCCAUGGUCCCUAGGUUUGCUGCAUCGUGGGCUUGUACUACAGUGUGCUCAUGGCCUGGAGUCUCUUCUAUUUAGUUCAGUCUUUCCAAUCUCCACUGCCUUGGGCAUUUUGCCCCUUACUAAGGAACUCCAGUACUUUUGUUUCCUCCAUGCCCAGUUCACCUCAGAUCCUGAAUGUGCGCGGACAACAUCCACUACAUACUUUUGGUACCGGCAUGUAUUGAAGGCCACGGAUGAAAUCGAAAUUGGUGGGCUACCAGUUGAGCAUCUCAGUGUCUCUCUCUUUGUGACCUGGUUGAUAAUCUGUAUCUCCAUAAUAAAAGGACCCAAGUCCUCUGGAAAGAUGCUGUAUGUCUCAGUGCUCCUUCCCUACUUCAUCCUUUUCUGUCUCCUUAUCCGGAGUCUCAUGCUGGAAGGUGCAAAAUUUGGUCUCAACAGUUUGUUGGCUGCCCAGGUGCCAGCCCUGUAUUCUGUGGAAGUGUGGCGCCGGACAGGGAACCAGAUCUUUUUAUCCAUGGGCCACGGCUUUGGCAGCUUCACCGCAAUCAGCUCAUACAUCCCUCGAUCCAACAACUGUGUCCUGGAUGCCUUUGUUGUGGCUCUGCUCAACCUGACUGCCUCACUGACUGCCAUGGUGUUUGUAUUUGCCAUAAUGGGCCACUUGGCCACAAAGAACAACGACAAAUGUUACCUGAAGAAUGUCGAGACAGUGAUGAAUCUGAUAGUUACUGGGGUGUUGCCUCCUGAGGCCCGGCCCCCAGACAGUCUGUAUUAUGAUCCAAGCUCCAUCUACUCCGAAUGGUUCAAGAACCUUCCUGAACAAGUGAAAAGCAUGAUCCUACCCCAUUUGUCCAAUUGCAACUUAUCUGAACAAUUGAAGGAGGUUAUGGAGGGCCCUGGUGUGGCCUUUGUGGCAUUUACCGAUAUCAUCUCUUUGUUUUCUGGAUCCAACUUCUGGGCCAUCAUCAUCUUUGUGUUGCUGGCGAACCUGGGGCUGAGCACCAUGAUAGGGAUCAUGCAGGGCAUUAUUACCCCUCUCCAGGACAUCUUCACUUCCCUCAGGAAACAUACAAAACUGCUUACAGUGGGCAUCUGUGUGCCUAUGUUCCUGGGCAGCCUCUUUUUCGUGAGGCCUUCUGGCAGCUACUACAUGAACUUGCUGGAUGAUUACUGGGCAUCUCUGCCCCUCUUCUUCAUUGUCAUGUUGGAGAACGUGGCCAUGGCCUGGAUCUAUGGAGCCAGGAGGUUCCUUGCAGACCUGAUUAUCAUGUUGGGCCGUCCCAUCUCCCCGAUCUUUCGCUGGCUGUGGUCCUUUCUGUCUCCAUUUGUGCUGAUAGUCCUGUUUAUAAACACCCUGAUUCACCUGUCUCUGAAGAGCAUCACCUACUUGGCCUGGGACUCCAGCAUUUCAAAUGAGGUGAUCCGAACUUAUCCGUCAUGGGCUAAAGUCUUGCUCGUCAUCUUCAUUGUCAUCGCCAUCUUGCCUGUCCCUGCCUACUUCCUAUACACACUCGUUGAUGUGGCUUUUCCAGUCUCCAUGAUUCACAGUAAGGGCACAAUUAUCUUCAAACCUGAAGCUAAAAAGAACUCACUGAACCCCCGUUCACGGCUUCAGGUGAGGCAAAACCAAAAGAAGGCUAAUAAAAUGGAUAAACAACCAAGGAAAAACCUCCCUGCCAUGUGAGUAAUUCAUCUUGGAAAUAAAUACUUGAUUUUA